GGAAGCUCUUGAAAUUCGUUUGGACUUGGUGAAAAUCAGAACAUAAUGGAAGUAUCAUUAUAGGCAGUAUCAAUUAGUCAGGAUUAAUGUUUAGUCAUUUUUGGUACCUUUCAUUAGGUCUUGUGUUUGACAGGCUUCUUUAGUUGGAUAGAGUGUUCAGAGAAGAGGCAAGUGUUAGAUUUAGAAAAUCCCUAAUUAUCGAGUGUUAGAAUUAUAUGAUCCCAAAUAGUGGAAAGGAUAUUGAAGAUUUACCUAGCCGAAGCCUACAAGCUUCGUAUUGAAACAUAAUUUUUAUUAUGCUUUUGUGAUAUUAAUAAACUGCAAAUGCAUGCAUUAUUUAGGACUUCCAGAAAAUGGUAUGAUUUUAGCAUAAAGAAGCAAUGAUUUAAGUUUCGAGUAUGUAUAAUCAGCUGGCUUAUGUUUGCAGGUGGGUGGUUAGGGAACUACUGAAUUUAUGACCCGUUCCAUCCUUUUAUUGAUAUGAUAUUCUGUGGUCAUACGCCACUUAAAUGGAGUUCGUUCGAAACAAAGUAGUCACAAACUUUUACUGCGUGUUGCCUUGUCUCUUCAUGUAGCCAUCACUUCAUCGAUAUGUUGUGCCCGAAUCCACUUCAGAAGCAGCAAAUCCACAUUUAUUUCCGAUAGAUUGUUCUUUGACUAACUAUAUUUGGUACUUCAUACUGUAGUCAGAUCACUCAGUAACUUGCUCUUCUGCUUUCAGAAUCCGCAAAUGGAUCUACAGGCUAUGGAUCGGUGUCAUAGAAUAGGUCAGACAAAACCUGUUCAUGUUUACAGGCUUUCUACUGCUCUCUCUGUGGAGGGUCGAAUGCUCAAAAGAGCUUUCAGCAAGUUGAAGCUUGAGCACGUGGUGAUUGGAAAAGGACAGUUUAAGCAAGAAAGAAGUAAACCUGCUACAGAUACUAUGGAGGAAGAGGACUUGAUGGCGCUUUUGAGAGAUGAUGAUAGCGAAGAGGACAAGUUGAUGCAGACAGAUAUUAGUGAUGAGGAUCUACAGAGGGUUUUAGACCGUAGUGAUUUAGUUGCUGGUCCUCCAAAUGAAGAUGUAAGCGGUGAAUCAAGUGUAAAUGUCCUUCCACUUAAAGGACCCGGUUGGGAAGUUGUUAUUCCUACUGAAAGUGCAGGGAUGCUUUCUACUCUCAACAGCUGAUAAAGGGGCUCAUUGGCAUGGUUCAUUUGCUGAAAUUAGAUGUUUUUGGGAGCUAAGCAACGUUGGUUAUUUUGUAAUCUAUUUUUUGCAAAUUUAUGGUCUUGGAGCACCUAGUUGCCGAUUGGCAUCUCACUGCAAGUCUGCAAUGUCUUUUUGGUAACACUAGAACUUAGCAGCAUUUUGUAAAUCUUUAUGAAGUUUGCAGAAUUGUUUAUUUUAAAUUGACCAGAGCUAAGUUAGUUCCAUGUGUUUUCGCUUGCUAA